GGAGGUGGCGGCGCGCGGGGCGCGGGCGGCGGGCGCGGCCGCGUGGGCCAUGGGGCGGCGGGCGCGGGCCCGGCGGCUGCAGCAGCAGCAGCAGCAGCAGCAGCAGCGGCGGCGGCCCGGGAGCGCGGAGGACGGCGGCGGGCAGCGCAGCGGGGCGGGCUGGGAGGGCGGCUACCCCGAGAUCGUCAAGGAGAACAAGCUGUUCGAGCGCUACUACCGGGAGCUCGGGAUCGUGCCCGACGGCGAGUGGGACCAGUUCAUGGAAGCGCUCAGAGAGCCCCUCCCGGCCACCCUGAGAAUCACCGGCUACAAAAGCCACGCAAAAGAGAUUCUCCAUUGCCUAAAGAACAAGUAUUUCAAGGAACUGGAGGACCUGGAGGUGGACGGGCAGAAAGUUGAGGUUCCUCAGCCCCUGAGUUGGUAUCCUGAAGAACUUGCCUGGCACACAAAUCUAAGUCGAAAAAUCCUGAGAAAGUCUCCACAGUUGGAAAAGUUUCACCAGUUUCUCGUUAGCGAAACUGAAUCUGGAAACAUCAGUCGUCAGGAGGCCGUUAGCAUGAUUCCUCCGCUGCUGCUUGACGCUCAGCCUCACCACAAGAUCCUAGAUAUGUGUGCAGCGCCCGGGUCAAAGACCGCACAGUUAAUUGAGAUGCUGCACGCCGACAUGAAGGUCCCUUUCCCAGAGGGGUUUGUCAUCGCGAACGACGUGGACAACAAGCGCUGUUACCUGCUCGUGCACCAGGCCAAGCGGCUGGGCAGCCCCUGCAUCAUGGUAGUCAACCACGACGCCGCCUGCAUCCCUCGGCUCCACAUGGACGUGAACGGCCGGAAGGAGGUUCUCUUCUAUGACCGCAUCUUGUGUGACGUCCCUUGCAGUGGAGAUGGCACUAUGAGAAAAAACAUUGAUGUCUGGAAAAAGUGGAGCACGUUAAACAGCCUGCAGCUGCACGGUUUACAGCUGCGGAUCGCAACGCGGGGUGCUGAGCAGCUGGUGGAAGGCGGCAGGAUGGUGUAUUCCACGUGUUCACUGAAUCCGAUUGAGGAUGAAGCAGUCAUAGCGUCUUUACUGGACAAGAGUGAAGGUGCUUUGGAGCUUGCUGAUGUGUCCUCUGAGUUGCCAGGACUGAAAUGGAUGCCUGGACUCACACAGUGGAAGGUGAUGACGAAAGAUGGGCAGUGGUUCACAGUGUGGGAAGACGUUCCGCACAGCAGACACACCCAAAUUCGGCCUACCAUGUUCCCCCCGAAGGAUCCCGAGAAGCUGCAGGCCAUGCAUCUGGAGCGGUGUCUUAGAAUAUUACCACAUCAUCAGAACACUGGAGGCUUCUUCGUGGCAGUGUUAGUGAAGAAGUCUUCCAUGCCGUGGAAUAAACGUCCCCCAAAGCUGCAGGGUGCGUCUGCAGAGCCGCGGGGACCUGUGCAGCCCAGCCUCACAGACCCCACGGGAGGGAGCGCUUCCCACCCCUCGGAGCUGGAGCGUCAGCCGGCCACUGGAAUUGGCGACACAGAAACAAUUGAAAGAACUGAGAAUUUAGAGAACAAUGGAAAUAAGAAAGAUGGUGUGUGUGGUCCUCCUCCAUCUAAGAAAAUGAAGUUAUUUGGAUUUAAAGAAGAUCCGUUUGUAUUUAUUCCUGAAGACGACCCAUUACUUCCACCUAUCCAGAAAUUUUACGCUUUGGAUCCUUCCUUCCCAAAGAUGAACUUGUUAACGCGAACCGCAGAGGGGAAGAAGCGGCAGCUCUACAUGGUGUCCAAGGAGCUGAGAAACGUGCUGCUGAACAACAGCGAGAGGAUGAAGGUUAUCAACACUGGGAUUAAAGUCUGGUGUCGAAAUAACAGUGGUGAAGAGUUUGACUGUGCUUUCCGCUUGGCCCAGGAGGGAAUAUAUACAUUAUAUCCGUUUAUUAAUUCAAGAAUUGUCACUGUAUCAAUGGAAGACGUUAAAAUUCUGUUAACCCAGGAAAAUCCAUUUUUUAGAAAACUCAGCAGUGAGGCACACAGCCAGGCCAAGGACAUGGCCAAGGGUAGCGUCGUCCUGAAGUAUGAGCCGGACCCCACGAGACCAGACACGCUCCAGUGCCCCAUUGUGUUGUGCGGAUGGCGAGGCAAGGCCUCAAUUCGAACUUUUGUGCCGAAGAAUGAACGGCUUCACUAUCUCAGGAUGAUGGGGCUGGAGGUGUUGGCGGAAAAGAAGAAAGAGGGGACUGUCCUGACGCACGCACGUGCAGCCAGCCCCGGGGCGCCAGAGGGUGAGGCGGCCCCUGAGCGAGGGGGAGGGCAGCCAGGUGGCCUGGAUGCCCCUGCAGGCAGGGACCCCUCGGGGGCUGGCCCACCCCAGUGAGCCCGCAGCGGCCUCCCCCUCAGUGUCGCCGCACAGGCCCAGCCCCAGCCCAGGACCGCGUCUGAGCUGUGAGGCACACGUGGUGAAGACUGGGAACCGACAGGACGAUAGGUCUGUGGAUAAUCCCAGGACUCCUUCCACGUGGAGCUUGUGGGAGGUAUUUUUUUAGCUUGUUAGAAAUUGCUUACUUACUUUGUUUCUUUGGCAGAGUUGGGUCCAGUGUGCCUGUUGCCGGUAAUAGACUUUCAUUGUUAAAGUCUUAUUCUACCAAGAAGUAUAACGGCCCUGGAAGAAGCUUUCAGGUCCCUUUUCUUAUGCCUGUAUUGGUCUUAAGGCCCAGUACUUCUUUAAAGUAUUAUUUAUAGAGAGAAUCUAUAACUACUUAUGGGUCGUUGGAAAACUGUACUAUCAGCUUUAAUAAUUGUAUUAAGUUGCACAUUCGUGUGACAUCAGUACACAGUGGGGCUAAUAUCUGAGGUCUCAGAUGACGUCUGUGCCUUUGUAAUAAAGGGGAAAAUGAACUUUCUCGUAGCAAGAGCUGUAUCGUGCAUUGUGAUACUAGUCAUGGGGGUUUUAUGUGCUUUUAUUGGAGUGCUCUGCAAUUUUAAUUUUUAAAUGGGGUUUGGGAUCCUUGGAGAAUUUAAAUAAAGAGUUAUUAAUGAAAACGGG